AUGUUAGGCUCGCGGUUGGCCAGGGGGACGGACGCGCGCUCUGGUUGGUGGAGGAGGGGUCACGAGGACGCCGUCGUCGCCUUUCCAGAGGCGAUUACUGGGCAGGCUCAGUCUUUUGCCUCAGACGCUAGCUGUAGCUGGCAGUCGCUCGUACGUGCUCCAGAGUCCACCGUGCCCGUCGCUGCCGCCCAGCUCGCGUUGGAAGAAGAUAGUGAAGACGAAGAAAUGUCCGAAGAUGAAGAAGAUGACAGCAGUGGAGAAGAGGUUGUCAUCCCUCAGAAAAAAGGAAAGAAGGCUACAGCAACUCCAGCAAAGAAGGUGGUUGUUUCACAAACAAAAAAAGUUGCAGUUCCCACACCAGCUAAGAAAGCUGCUGUUACUCCAGGUAAAAAGGCAGCAGCCACACCAGCCAAGAAGGCAGUUACACCAGCCAAAGCAGUUGCAACACCUGGAAAGAAGGGAGCCACACAAGCAAAAGCAUUGGUAGCAACCCCUGGUAAAAAGGGAGCUGUCACUCCAGCCAAGGGGGCUAAGAAUGGUAAGAAUGCUAAGAAGGAAGACAGUGAUGAAGAUGAAGAUGACGACGAUGAUGAAGACGACAGUGAUGAGGAUGAAGAGGAUGAGGAAGAGGAUGAAUUUGAGCCACCAGUAGUGAAAGGAAAACAAGGAAAGGUAGCUGCUGCUGCUCCUGCCUCAGAGGAUGAAGACGAGGAAGAGGAUGAAGAGGAGGAGGAGGAGGAUGAAGAGGAGGAGGAUGACUCUGAAGAAGAAGAAGCUAUGGAGAUCACACCUGCCAAAGGAAAGAAAGCUCCUGCAAAAGUUGUUCCUGUGAAAGCCAAGAAUGUGGCUGAGGAGGAGGAUGAUGAUGACGCUCCUGCAAAAGUUGUUCCUGUGAAAGCCAAGAAUGUGGCUGAGGAGGAUGAUGAUGAUGAAGAGGAGGAUGAAGAUGAGGAGGAGGAUGAAGAAGAGGAAGAAGAUGAGGAGGAGGAGGAAGAGGAAGAAGAGGAAGAGCCUGUUAAACCAGCACCUGGAAAACGGAAGAAGGAAAUGACCAAACAGAAAGAAGUUCCUGAAGCAAAGAAACAGAAAGUGGAAGGUUCAGAAUCAACUACACCUUUCAAUCUGUUCAUUGGAAACCUUAACCCAAACAAGUCUGUUGCUGAAUUAAAAGUUGCCAUCAGUGAACUUUUUGCUAAAAAUGAUCUUGCUGUUGUGGAUGUCAGAACUGGUACAAAUAGGAAAUUUGGUUAUGUGGACUUUGAGUCAGCUGAAGACCUAGAAAAGGCCUUGGAGCUCACCGGUUUGAAAGUGUUUGGCAAUGAAAUUAAACUAGAAAAACCAAAAGGAAGAGAUAGUAAAAAAGUUCGAGCUGCAAGGACACUUUUAGCAAAAAAUCUUUCUUUCAACAUCACUGAGGAUGAAUUAAAAGAAGUGUUUGAAGAUGCCUUGGAGAUCAGAUUGGUUAGCCAGGAUGGGAAGAGUAAAGGGAUUGCUUAUAUUGAAUUUAAGUCUGAAGCUGAUGCAGAGAAAAACUUGGAAGAAAAGCAAGGAGCAGAAAUUGAUGGGCGUUCUGUUUCACUCUACUAUACUGGGGAGAAGGGACAAAGGCAAGAAAGAACUGGAAAGAAUAGCACUUGGAGUGGUGAAUCAAAAACUUUGGUUUUAAGUAACCUUUCCUACAGUGCAACAGAAGAAACUCUUCAGGAAGUGUUUGAGAAAGCAACUUUUAUCAAAGUGCCCCAGAACCAACAGGGCAAAUCUAAAGGGUAUGCGUUUAUAGAAUUUGCUUCAUUUGAAGAUGCUAAAGAAGCUUUAAAUUCCUGUAACAAAAUGGAAAUUGAGGGCAGAACAAUCAGGUUGGAGUUACAAGGACCCAGGGGGUCACCUAAUGCGAGAAGUCAGCCAUCCAAAACACUGUUUGUCAAGGGUCUGUCUGAGGAUACCACUGAAGAGACCUUAAAAGAAUCAUUUGAGGGCUCUGUUCGUGCAAGAAUAGUCACUGAUCGGGAAACUGGUUCCUCUAAAGGGUUUGGUUUUGUAGACUUCAACAGUGAGGAAGAUGCCAAAGCUGCCAAGGAGGCCAUGGAAGAUGGAGAGAUUGAUGGGAAUAAAGUUACUUUGGACUGGGCCAAACCUAAGGGUGAAGGUGGCUUUGGUGGCCGAGGUGGAGGCAGAGGAGGUUUUGGGGGCCGAGGUGGUGGAAGAGGAGGAGGCCGAGGUGGAUUUGGCGGCAGAGGCCGGGGCGGCUUUGGAGGUAGAGGAGGCUUCCGAGGUGGCCGAGGAGGAGGAGGAGGAGGAGACUUCAAGCCACAAGGAAAGAAGACGAAGUUUGAAUAAUUCCUUCCCAAUCUUUCCCACUUCGUUUUAAAGAAAGGACUCUGGGGUUUUACACUGUUACCUGUUAAAUGACGGAGCCUUUUAAGGACAUUUCAAGAGAUUUUUUUUCCUACAAAUAGUUUUGGGGUUUUUUUUUUUUUGCGUUGGGGGUUGUAAAAGAAUGUUUAUCAUGUUUUUUUUGCUUCAGUGACUUUAGGACAAAUUAAUUAAAAGUCCUAAACUCUGGUGCCAGACUUGUACUUCAUAAAGAUUCCUUUUGGAAUGAUGUUUAAAGAGCUCAGCAAGACCAACUCUGCUGUUCAGUGGGGAUUUGAGACGUGUUCCUACUGCUUUCAAGAAUCCCAGCUACAAAUGUGGAGACUACUUUUGGGAGGGGUGGGGGAGGUGUCCACAACUACUUAUGUUUCUGACCUGUAAGUUUUGUUGAAGAUGCUGCAUUUUCACCGAAGAUGGGUGUACUGGAUGGUGGUGGUAAGAGGCACAUGGAUCAGUGGGCAGUAGAAAGUAUAGCCAUAAAGAGCUUGUGGUGGAGUUACAGCUGGUAUAGAUCCUGCAGAGAGGAAACAGUGACUUUUUUGAUGUGACCUAACACAAAGUUUGUGCAGCUAAAGGAAAGGGACUCUGUCCAAUAUAUUAGGACUUUUCUUGGUGGUCCAUUAAGGAUGGACCCAUCGUUUCCUUCCUCUGACUGUAUUUUUAGUGCCCUGCUCCCACCAAUUGGUUUUCAAAAAAAAGGCUAACCAGAGCUAUUUGGCUUAAACACAAAGGCCCUCUGUAGGGUUACUCUUAAAACCUGUUGGGUUGGGAUGACAGGCAUACUUUUGUGUAGUGAGGAACAGUUUGGUGUGUUCUUUUGCUGUGUAAACCCUUGAUUGCUAGCAUCCUAGUUCAAAACAGUUAAUGGCUUUUAGCUGAAAGUAAUUACAGAAAAGGUAAAACUGGUUGGUGGUAGCCAAGGAGACAUACAGGCAAAUCUGAGUAUGAGACUACUGUACAGAGCAAGUUUUAGGACAGCCAGGAACACAUGCAAACCCUUACUCAAACUCAAAAAAAAAGGAAAGGAAUGAUCCAACUCCGGUUGGUAGCACGGCAGGCAUAUUUUGUGGAGUGAGGAUACAGGAAAGUUCUCUGGAUGGUCAUCAAAAGUCUGGUUUGCAGUUAAAAUACCUGCCCCCAUUUUAAAUUGGAGGGAUUUGCAGCCAUUUUGGAAGAGUGGUAAGCUCCCUUUAGGAAAUGGUUGUCUGCUUUUUCUCAUUCUUCCAGCAGGUGGCAAUAUAAGUACACAUGAAAACUGAGGGAGGAGGAAAACCUGGCAGAUGAACUCCAAACAACCAUGUGUUUCAUCUGCUUUUGACCACACUACUCUUACUGUGGCUUCUUUCCUAUUCUAAGGAUGCUAGUGACUGCAGGUUGCCAUGUCUACUAGUUUUCAGUUUACCUGCCUGAACUUCAACAAGCAGAUACUGGGGUGGUGACUUGACUCUGGGCUGAGGUAGAGAGGGAAGCAAACAAGUCGCCUUCCCCGUCCUAUUUUCUUUUUGAGACAGGGUUUAUCUAGCUCUGGCUGGCUGCCCAUGUGCCUCUCCCAAUUGCUGAGAUUAAAGGAGUUCACACCA